UGGAAAGCUCAGCGUUGCAGUUGGUGUACCCGCUGGAUUCUCGUCCGGUGCAGCUAAUCUUCCGGGGGUUGCAGGUGGUCAAGGAGAAACGAGCCCUCCUCCGAGAUGUCUCGGGCGUUGUUAAACCUGGCGAACUCUUGGCCGUCAUGGGCCCUUCAGGUUGCGGCAAAACGACGUUAUUGAAUUGCCUGUCAGGCCGCGUGGGCUUGGACGGGGGUGAAAUCUGGCUGAAUCGUGAAAGGCUGACAAAAAGAUGGCGCAGAAGAAUCUGCUACGUGCAACAGCAGGACGUUUUCUUUCCCGAUCUCACGUUACGACAGACUCUCGAGUACCAGGCGAGGCUCAGGCUUCCGGACACGUUCUCGCACUCGCAGAAGAUGCAGUGCGUGGAUCAUAUCAUCGAGGUACUCGACCUCGCCGCCUGCCAAGACACCAUUAUCGGGGAUUACACGAAACGAGGACUGUCCGGCGGCGAGAAGAAGAGGACGAGCAUAGCCUGCGAGCUCCUCACCAAUCCCUCGCUCAUGUUGCUCGACGAACCAACGAGCGGGUUGGACUCGCAUUCGGCACAGGCGCUGAUCUCACGAUUGAAGAAAUACGCCGAACAAGAAGGCAAGAGCAUCGUGGUAACAGUGCAUCAGCCCAGUUCGAGGAUGUUCCACAGUUUCAGCAAGAUCCUGCUGUUGAGCCGCGGCCAGGUCGCGUAUUACGGCCCCACAGCGAACAUCGGCAGGUUUUUCUCUACGAUCGGACUCACGCUACUCCCACAUUACAACCCUGCUGAUUUCAUUCUGGAGCAAAUAAAGGGGCCGGAGGAGGUUCGGGAGCGCAUCGUGGCCGCGGCGAGAAACGCCAGACAGGGACCUGACUGCCCGCCGGAACUUCGCCCGGAGUACAAUCCCAGCCAGCAUCCGCUCUGCGACCAUCUGAUCCAUUAUCACGAGCACCACAUCGGCCACAACGUGAAAGAAGACGAAGGCCGUACGUUGUGGUUGGACACGCAAAGCCAUGCCAGCAGCAGUGCCAGUUCCGCGGACGACGACUACGCCUGGCAGUGGCCCACUAGUUUCUGGUCACAAUUCAAAGUACUGUCAGAACGAAACUUUCAAGAAGCACGGCCACGAAUGCUGUCUCGUCUGAAUUGGCUGCAAACGAUAGCCCUCGGCCUGCUAGCUGGACUGUUGUGGCUAAGGCUUCCCAGAACAGAGGCGGCACUUCACGACAUCCAAGGCUGGAUGUUCUUCAGUACCACGUACUGGAUGCUUUUCGCGCACUUCGGUGCACUCUCCAGUUUUCCUCCGGAACGCGAGGUGAUCAACAAGGAGCGACUGUCAGGAUCGUAUCGGCUCUCGGCCUAUUACUUGGCGAAAAUGGUCGGCGAGCUGCCGCUUACGAUUACGCUGCCCGCCGUCUACCAUAUCAUUAGUUACCCGAUGUUGGGCUUCCACAGUCCGGCAGUUUUCGUCACCCUGCUGGCGUUCCUCUUACUCAACACCAUCGUCGCGCAGAGCGUCGGAUUCUUCGUUGGAGCGUGCUGUCUAGACCUCCAGGUUAGCAUAACUGCAUCCGCGCUUUACACGCUCGCGACACAGCUACUUGGAGGUUAUUUGGCAACGGCGGUACCACCGUGGUUGGCAUGGGCUAGAUAUGCGAGCAUGGUGCAUUAUGCCUAUCAGAAUAUGCAGAUCCUGGAAUUCGGUGUCGGCGAGCCAAUCACAUGCUCGCAACCGAGCAAGUUCCAGGAGUGCAGAAACGCGACGACGAUACCGGUGUCGGCGAUUCUAGAGAGCCAAGGCGGCGCCAGGGGUUCCGGUCUUCCACUGUGGGCGAACACGGCCGUCCUCCUGGCGUUCCUCGUGAUAUUCCGCACCCUGGGCUACCUGGUGUUGCGCUACUAUCGCGUGCCCAAGUGAAACGGCGAACGAUGAGGGAACCGCCUUUCCACUGCCGCCUCAUCCACGAACGUUGGAUCCACAGCCGCGAUCGAUGGAUAUCGUCACGCUAACGGGAACGUCGUCCUCGUCGUCGUUGUUAAAAAUCGAGUCGUUCGCAUCGUCGUCGAGCUUCCCUUUGACCCUUCGUUUCGCCAAAAGGGCAAAAGCGAACAGAGUAGCUCGCGAAACACCGGACAACCGAAAGACAACCGGCGCGCGCGAAAGUUUAUUUUUCCAGGAUGCCCUCCUCGAUCGUCUCGAAACGACGACAAGCACGGAUGCUUGGACGUGGUGGUGAAAAGAUAAUAAUCCUCGAAUUGGCGCAGGCACUCGUUUUCUCGAUAACGAGUUUCGUGAUCGCGUUCCCAAGGAAGAGUAGAUUCCAAAGCAGAUCGAGUCGAGUCGGAUCGAGUCGCGGGGGGGAUGAUUGGAAUUGGAACGGAGAAUCCAUCUUUCUGAUAGAAGCGUGACAAAUGUUCAAAGAAGGGCGAGGGCUGCUGUCAAUUCUUUCCGGGUCGUUUCUCUUUUCAAGACCACGUGCCAAAGCCGCUCGAUGCCGCUAUUUU